AUGUCGGACAUUGAUACCAAGCACGAGGCAUCGCACAUCGAGGCCCCUCUUCGCGAGUCUAAGAGUGGCCUCUUCAAGAAUGCCAAAAUUGUGGGCAUUACGUCGCUCGCAACCCUCGGCGGCUUCCUCUUCGGCUACGACCAGGGCGUAGUUGGGAAUGUACUUGCCCUUCAACGCUUCGGAGCAGACUUUCCCCGGGUCUAUAUGGACGCAAACAUCAAGGGAUGGUUCGUAUCAUCUCUCCUCCUCGGGGCGUGGUUCGGCUCGCUCCUCUCCGGACCUCUCUGCGACAAACUUGGCAGGAAGCGGAGUAUCAUGUUCCAAGUGCUCGUAUUCACCCUCGGCUCGGCUCUGCAGACCGGCGCUCGUGUCGAGGCUCACAUGUUCGCCGGGCGUAUCAUUGCUGGGCUCUCCAUCGGGUCGCUCACUCACAUCGUUCCCAUGUACAUUGCUGAGCUGGCGCCCGCGGCGAUGCGCGGCGCCCUUGUCGCCCUACAGCAGCUCAGCAUCACCCUCGGUAUCCUGUUCAGCUACUGGAUCGCGUACGGUACCUCUCACAUUGGCGGUACGCGGUGCUCUGAUAUCCCAUACUCUGGCCCAAAGGGGCCGGACGGACACGCGACCUUUGACGCGUACAACGACGUCCCGGCUGGCGGGUGCACGGGACAGAGUCAGGCCGCGUGGCGCGUGCCGGUAGGCAUCCAAAUUCUUCCAGGCCUGAUCCUCGGUAUCGGCAUGUUCUUUAUGCCGUAUUCGCCUCGCUGGCUCGUCGAAGUUGGCCGUGACGACGAGGCUAAGGCUACGUUAUCCCGUCUCCGUUCAUUGCCGAUCGACGACCCGGACGUCGUCCGCGAGUUUGUCGAGAUCAAGGCUGAGGUCAUCACCAUCCGUCAGAUCCGAGAGACCCGGGGUACGGGGAAGAGCGGCCUCGCCCGAGCCCUCCAGCCAUACGUCGAGCUCCUCUCCACCAAAUCCAACUUCCACCGCCUGUACAUCGGGUGCACGACCAUGUUCUUCCAGCAGUUUAUCGGGUGUAACGCGAUCAUCUACUACGCGCCGACCAUCUUCGCCCAGCUCGGCAUGGACCCUAACACAACCUCGCUCCUUGCGACAGGCGUUUACGGAAUCACGAAUACGCUGUUCACGCUCCCCGCCGUCUUCUUCCUGGACCGCGUCGGCCGGCGCAAGCUCCUCAUGGUUGGUGCGGCUGGAUGUUUCGUCUCCCUCGUUAUGGUUGGAUCGCUCGUCGCCGCCUUCGGCCACGACUGGCCCAAAUACGCCGUCCAAGGCCGGGUCGCCAUCGCGUUUGUGUACAUCUACGAUGUCUUCUUCUCGUUCUCAUGGGCACCGAUCGGAUGGGUCCUCCCGUCCGAGAUCUUUAACCUCGCAACACGUUCCACGGCUGUUAGCAUCACGACGAGCACAACGUGGAUGUCCAACUUUAUCAUUGGCGUCGUGUCGCCCUUGAUGCUCGAGAAGAUCCCGCACGGCGGCACGUAUUUCUUCUUUGCGGGCUUUGCCGUGCUCGGGUUUAUCUCGACCUACUUCUUCCUUCCCGAGACAAGGCGCGUCGCCCUCGAGGACAUGGACGCGAUCUGGGGCGCUAAGACGAGCGAUGAGGAUCGCCACAUUGCGGACACUGUGCUCCGCGAGAUCGAGCAAGGCGAGGAUGCCAAGCGCGGUGCUACGGUUUAG